UAUACUAAAAUAUUCUGGGAUAUAAUUCAAGGGAAUAGUCUACACAAUUGUUCUGUGCUGGUUACAUCACGCUCGUACGCCUCAGGCCCACUACAGGAAAUCAACCGUGUCAAUCGACAUGUUGAAGUAUUAGGAUUCAAGAAAAAUGAUAUUAAAUUGUAUUAAGCAAAACGUUACAGAUAAGAAAAAAGCAAAGAAGCUAAUACAGAUGCUGACAGAGAGAUUGGAUAUUGUCUCCCUAUGCUAUAUCCCUCUAAACUGCAGGAUUGUACUGUAUGUCUACCAGCAACAAGAUACCUUACCCGACACACUCACACAACUCUAUGAGGUAUUCAUUCUGUACACACUCAAACACUACAAAAACAAAAUAAUAAAACUAGACCAUGAAAUUGACAAUGACCAGAUAGAACAUGCUAAUACUAUAAAGAAAUUGCCAACUCAAGUUAUCAAGUGUCUAGACUGCCUAUCAGAAACUGCAUUCACAGGAAUGACUCAAGACAAACUGGUCUUUGAAUAUACUGAAGUUAGAGGUACUUUGUCACUUGGACUGCUAAACCUAAUAAAGUGUACGGGAGUAUUGGAGGAUCAUUAUCAGUUCCUUCAUUUAACCAUUCAAGAGUUUCUAGCAGCCAGACAUCUCGCACUAACAAAGAGCAACAAAGACAAACUAGAGUUUAUUACAUCCAAAAUUGAUGAUGAUAGAUUUAGAAUGACUUUACUCUUUCUCUCUGGAUUGACUCAACUUGAUUUUCUUCCCAUUGAACAAGCCUUCCCAGCUUCGAAAUCAAUACACACUCGUGUGGAGCAUAAACACAAAAAUAAAACAAAAUCUCUGCGAAAACAAGAGAGAUCUCAUUUCUUGUUCCUAGCCCAUCUUCAAUAUGAAAGCCGACAAACAACACACAACUGGCUUUUGCCCUGUCUAGUGACUAAUUCACUCAACUUGUCAGAGCAGAGUCUCUCUCAGUUCAACUGCCUUGUCUUGGCCAACUUUCUCGCCCUAACUCCCAAAGAUCACGUGUGGGAUGAGAUAAACUUGUCCCAGUGCGGUCUUAAUUAUGACUGCUUCAAGACACUAAUUACAAAGAAACAUUCACAAAGAGACAUUCCAGUAUUGUGCUUAACCAAACAAUUAGAUGUAACUUUUACCAAAAUCAAUGCUGACGAUCUACAUGUAUUGAUGCCACUAUUAUCAGAAGAGUCAAAGGUGAACAGCAUUAGUAUCUCACACCACGAAUCAUGCACUCAGUUAGAAGGUGCGAGGAAAUUAAUAAAUUUACAUUUUCGUCAACACUCUACAGACAAUCAAACUGUACUAUCAAGUAGAGAGAUGAGGGUUCCUACAGAUUCAAUUUGCUCAGGAAUUCUUACAAAAUUUAUUAAUUUUAUUCGACCUGAAGUUUUGAAACGAUUAUCACUGGUUGGCCCCAAAGCUUUUGAAGAUUGCCCGGAUUGUUCUGGCUCUGGAAAUGAGGCUUGGGAAAGUGUUUGCAAUGUCAUCAAAAAUAGCAAGCGUAUACAACACCUUCAAAUUCACAAGAGCCAGUUCCAUUUACACGAUAUUACAACACUAAUGAUACAUUUGCAAAACAAGAGAAACCUGCGUACCUUACAAUUACCAGGAAACACAAUAAGCCACGAUGGUCUAAUACACUUACGAAAUAACUUGCCAGUGAAUGUACGUGCUCACAUUUCAACAUCUGAUACGGUUAAAUUGGUAAUGUCAGUACACAAGGACAAACUUGUUUAUGUUGAUAUUGAGUCACCUGACGAGUACAUACAAGAUGUUGACUCAGAGGAUCUAUUUAUGCCCUUUAUGCCCUUGCUAGAAGAAGAUUUGCCAUCGGAACUACAUGGAGUAACUGUUACCACUAAAUCAUUCGUGUCCAAGGCUCUACUCAGGUCAAUAGGAAAUAGCAAAACAGUAACUAGUUUAACAUUAGCCAACCUUUCUAAUGAGAAUCUCACAAAAUGUGCUGGAGAAUUUCAAGAUAUGCUUAUGAACACCAAUAGUUUGCAAACACUGAAACUGGACACAUGUGAACUGAAUGAUACAUUUAUCAAACAAUUGGAGGAUGGACUCUCACUCAAUCCAACUGUCACAGUGGCACUAAAGUUAGAAUACAACCACUCUCAUUGUAAAGACAGCAGCUGGCUCAAUCAACUACUUACAGUGAGGUCUCAAAACCUUUGUGAGCUAAUUUUAAUGAAUAAAGAAAAUAUGAGACAACUUUCAGAGAUAGUCACAACAUGCAAACAGCUUCGAGUCUUGAAAGUAAACUUAAGCGAUAAUUCAGAAAGUUUCUUCCAUGCUCUAUCAGAUAAUCAAAGCCUGAGAGAACUCAGUAUCGAGACUACUGGCAAGAUGACAACAUUGUUGUUUCAAACACUCCCAUCAACUUCUGUCACCACUUUAGACUUAUCAAAGCCUUCCAACAGUGAAGGACUUGAAAUUGAGGGAUCUUUAGCCUUUAAAGAGUACAUGUACAUUCAUGGAAGAAAAGUGCUAACUGUUUUGAGAGUUACAGAUUUUGGUUUAACAGAAGAAGCAUUUAAGGGAAUUACUUUUACGAAGGACUCUCCUUUGAGAGAACUUUCUCUCAAAUCAAAUUAUAAAGGUUGGACAGAACUUUUCAAUGGUCUUUGUUCAUCAUGUAUCACCACACUAGACGUCAGUGGUGAUAGCUUGAAUGGAGAGGAGUGUGGCACAGCUUUGAAACGUCUACUCAUCAACAACAAAACAUUGACUGUUCUAAAAAUAGUUUGUCCGUAUGAUACAAACGAUGACGUGAUUUUGUGUAUUGCUGAUGCUCUGUCACAAAACUCGUUGAAGAAACUAACAAUCAGCACCCAGUCUAACAGAUUCGUUGUACAUGAUACAUGGACAAAACUAUUUGAAAGUUUCCAUAAAAACACAACAUUAAACACGUUAAACUAUAGUGGAGCUGAUUUAAAAUCCUGGGAAAAGGAUAAAGUCGCUAAAUCUCUGUGUGAAAUGCUAAUACACAAUCAAGGCCUUCAAAAUCUAAAUAUUGACGAUAAAUUGAUUAAGGGUCAUUUAAAAGAGUUUGCAACGGUAUACAUUCAGAGAAAGCCUGUCCUAAAUUUAACUGUUGGACAAUUGGAAGAUGAUUUAGUGAAAGAGAUCGAGGGACUUGAAACAGAUACUGAUAAGGAGUACAACAUCAGAAACAGAUACUAACCACCACUGUAGAUUUAGAGACUGCUUUAUCAUAAUUAUUUUCAAGUCAUAUUUUUUGUGUUAUGUGAAAGAGGUGAUUAGUUGGAACUUGUAAGUGUAACAUGUAUUGUAUUUGUA